UCUUCUGUGCGAGGCUGAGGCAGGAAGAGUAGCUCGCACUGCGGGGGCAUGCUCUCCAAUAAGACUGACGGACCGCGUCGGGGACGCUCUUUUGACUCUAUCAACAAGUAUUAUGAGGAGAAGCAGCUCAACAAUGAGUUGAACAAAUCGACAUUUAACAAUGCUGAUGAGCACCAAGACAAGAUCCUGCCCUCCAAGAGAGAACAUGCAGCGAUUACCUUUUCCCUGAAGAAUGAAGUUGGUAACCUUGUAAAGGCUUUAAAACUUUUUCAGGAAAACCAGGUCAACCUUUUGCACAUUGAGUCGCGCAAGUCCAGGAGGAGUAAUUCGGAGCUGGAAGUGUUGGUGGACUGUGACAGCGAGCGAGAGACCCUGAAGGAAAUCAUCCAGCUGCUGAAAAAACAAACUAGCACCGUCACCAUGGACUCGCCUGAAAAGCUCUGCUUUGCUGAAGAUGAUUUUUCUGAAGAACCCUGGUUCCCCAGGAAGAUUUCUGAUCUUGACAAGUGUGCUAACCGUGUUCUGAUGUACGGCUCUGCCCUGGAUGCUGAUCAUCCUGGAUUCAAAGAUAAUGUGUACCGGAAGAGAAGGAAAUACUUCGCUGACCUUGCAAUGAACUAUAAGCAUGGAGACCCGAUCCCACGUGUGGAGUUCACAGAGGAAGAGGUGAGAACGUGGGGAGUGGUGUUUAGGGAGCUGAAUAAGCUGUACCCCUCACACGCCUGCAGGGAGUACCUGCGCAACCUGCCUCUGCUCUCCCAGCACUGCGGCUACAGAGAGGACAACAUCCCUCAGCUAGAGGACGUGUCGCGCUUCCUCAAGGAGCGAACAGGUUUCACAAUCCGUCCAGUAGCUGGGUACUUGUCUCCUCGAGAUUUCCUGGCUGGACUGGCCUUCAGAGUGUUCCACUGUACUCAAUAUGUUCGCCACAGUUCAGCCCCACUCUACACACCUGAGCCGGACACGUGUCAUGAGCUGCUGGGUCAUGUGCCACUGCUGGCAGAGCCCAGUUUUGCUCAGUUCUCUCAGGAGUUAGGUCUGGCUUCUCUGGGGGCCUCUGAUGAUGCUGUGCAGAAACUGGCAACUUGCUACUUUUUUACAGUGGAGUUUGGCCUGUGUAAACAGGAGGGUAAACUCAGAGCAUAUGGGGCUGGACUUCUCUCUUCUAUCAGCGAACUACAGCAUGCGCUCUCUGGAAGUGCCAAAAUCCUGCCUUUUGAGCCCAAAGCCACAUGCAGACAGGAGUGUUUGAUCACUACCUUUCAGGAGGUCUACUUCAUGUCUGAGAGCUUUGAGGAGGCCAAGAUUAGAAUGAGGGAGUUUGCUAAGACGAUCCGGCGCCCGUUUACCGUGCGCUACAACCCGUACACACAGAGCGUAUGUGUGCUGAAGGAUAUGCCCAGCAUCAACAGUGUGGUGGAGGAGCUCCGACAUGAGCUGGACAUUGUGGGAGAUGCACUACAUCGACUCAACAACCACCUGGGCAUCUGACACCACCACACCCUGGACUGCAGUCUGACAUCCUCAGCCUAACUACUAAAUGCCAUUCAAUCUUUUAGCACUGCUGUAUGUAAAUACUAAAACCAUUCACUUCUGUUUAAAUACAGUUAUCAUUGCUAAACACU